AGGACAGGGGAGGGGGCGCCGCCUGCUGAACUCCACGGCAGUCGCCAGGAGUUUGAAGAUGCGCUCCUGGGCUCACGAGGCUCACGGGAAACGUAGUCCUCGGGGAGCAGGCGGUGCCUGAAGGGCCGGCGCGGGAUUGGCCGGGCUGGGGUCGCCAGGGCAACGCGCGGGCGGGGCGAGCGGGGGUGUGCGCAGCCACUUCCGGGAAGUGGCCGCCGGCCGGAGCGGCUGCCGAGGUCCCUCUGGGUGAUUCCAAAAAGACCCUCUGAAACGAGAAUGCCAUCCCCACUGGGGUCCCCACACCAGUCCCUCAGUAAUCUUGAGACCACCCUUGAGGAGCCUGAGGCUGCACGACUAAAAUUCCGUGGAUUCUGCUACAAAGAGGUGGCAGGGCCCAGAGAGGCCCUGACCCGGCUGAGAGAGCUGUGUCGCCAAUGGCUGCGGCCUGAGUCAUGUUCCAAGGAACAGAUGUUAGAGCUGUUGGUGCUGGAACAGUUUGUGGGCACACUGCCCCCUGAGAUCCAGUCCUGGGUGCAAGGGCAGCGACCAGGCAGCCCUGAGGAAGCUGUAGCUCUAGUUGAAGGGCUACAGCACGACCCUGGGCAGCUGUUGGGCUGGAUCACAGCCCACAUCCUGAAGCCAGAGGUGCUUCCUGCAGCCCAGAAGACAGAGGAGUCCUCAGCAAGCCCCUGCCCCUCAGGAACAGUGGAGUUCUCUGGGGCAGCCCCUGGAGAGGGUCCACAUAAUGCCAGGAUGGAAGGGUCUACCCAGCUCAGCUGCAGUGUGAAGGAGGAGCCCAGUGCUGAUGGGCAGCAUGUGGCACCUCUCAGUCCACUGCUUCCAACCCAGUCUCCCAAGGGGCAUCUUAGACACCAGGACACAGCCUCCACUUCCUUCCACCCACCCAGGAUUCAGGAGGAGUGGGGGCUGCUGGACCCAUCACAGAAGGAGCUGUACUGGGACGCGAUGCUGGAGAAGUACGGCACGGUGGUCUCGCUGGCAGGGCUGCCACCCCCGCCAGCCAAAGAGCGGGCUGAAUCCAAGUCAGAGCCUGACAGUGAGCCAGAGCUGGGGACACCAUGCUCCGGACCCGAGGUUGGUGAGAGCCGCUGCCCAGGCGAGCGCAGCCUGAACCACCCAGAAGUCGGGGCUGAGGUAGAUACUCCUGGGCGCAGCCAGGUCUGCACAUCCCCACCACCAGCACUGCCACUCCCGUUCUCCCCCGCGCAGCCGAAGCCCUACGUGUGCCCGCAGUGUGGCAGGGGCUUCGACUGGAAGUCCGUGUUCGUCAUCCACCACCGCUCACAUGCAGGAGGCCCCUGUCCCGAGAGGCCACCACAGGCACCCCGGGAGCCAGUGGCACGACCCCCACGGCGCCCGGUGGGGCCUCGGAGCUAUACCUGUGAGGAAUGUGGGCGUAGCUUCAGCUGGAAGUCGCAGCUGGUCAUCCACCGGAAGAGUCAUGCUGGCCAGCGGCGCCACUUUUGUAGUGACUGCGGCCGCAGCUUUGACUGGAAGUCCCAGUUGGUCAUCCACAGGAAGAGCCACCAGCCUGAGGCCCCUUGAGCAGGAGGGCUGCCCUCCUGGGGGGCGGUAGAGGGGGACACCUGUGGACCUCUGGGCCUAGAUAGAGCACCCUGGGGGCCAACUCCAGCCUACUGGAGACUCAGGGGGACCUUCCCCCAAAAGUCCACCUGGGAGUGAGGGAAAGCUGCUCUGUUCUUCCUGCCCUGCCUUCUAGAGGAGGCCUGGGUUGGAAUCCAAGCUGAGUGGUGACUGUGGGGUGAUCACCAAGGCCUCCCUACCUGAGGUAUAAAAGCCCAGGACAUGCCCUCCUCCUGGGACCUCUUGCUCAAAAACUGCCUUGCUGCCCCUUCCUACAGAAGUCCCUGUGGAAGGUGGCAGUAAGCUCAGAAAAGCACAGCUGAUGUCUGUCCUGCUGUGUGAGACCCCUGGGCCUCCAUGUGCACGUUACACCCUUAACACAAAUCAUAUGUUUUUAGCAGGUAAGUUUCUGAAUAAGAACCCGAUUUCUCACUUCUGUUGGUCAGAUCAGCAAUCUGUCUGGCAGCUGGAGGCUCAGGGCAAAUCCUAGAAUUGCCGACCCUACGGUCACAGCCCCAGAUCCCCCAGCCUACUUUCAUCCUCUGCCACCAGCCUUUAAACUCUUGAGCCUGGGUUUGGGUAGACAGGGCACUUCUUUUCAAAGCAUAGAUGGACAAGAGUGACCUCUGAAGGGUGACAGAUGUCCCUGAGGCCAUGCAAACCUUCACGCCAGGGCUGCAUCCUCACAUCCUUAGUUGGUCAUGCAGCAGAAAGGCAGAGGAUCCCACUGCCCCAGGAGACCUGUCUGGCUUUCUGGACAGUCACUCAGGACUUCCUAAUAACUGCUCCAACGAACUCAGGGGCAUGAAACACUGUAGUUUUAUUCUAUGUUGGUUUUUAAGGUCAGAACUCUGAGACAUGUCUCAGUGAACAAAAUCAGUUUAUCAACAGGGCUGCUAGUUCCUCCUGCAGAAUCUGGGAGAGAAUCCACCUUCUAGAGGUGUCCUGAAUUCUUGACUCACGGCCUCCUCCUUCAUUUUCAGUGCCAGCAGUAGCCAGUCAAGUCUUUUUACAUUACAUCACCGCCACUCUUCUGCCCGUCUUCCACUUAUAA